AUGAAAUUCGAUACUGUAAGAAGUGCUUCGAAUAUUUAUGCUGAAGUAGGAUACGUAUCUGAUCUUGGUAUGUUUGAAUCCGCUGAUUCAUAUAUUUUACCUCUCUUGUGGAAAUGGAUUGAUCAAAAUUUAGCAGAACAACCAACAAAACAUUUAAUGACGAGUUUAUUAAUCACUGGAACGCAUGAACCCUUUCCUAUGCCACAUAAUCAGCGAGAGGAUGAAUAUCAUUAUUAUAUUUAUGAGACAAACAUCAACAACUACCUCAAUGCCUUACAUAUCACUGAUAAAUUUAUAAAAGAAAUUAUCGAUGGUUUUAUAUCACGUCAUUUAUACAAUGAUACCCUUUUCGUUAUCACGAGUGAUCACGGCUAUGUAUUUAACGACCAUGGAAGAGAGAUACUUGGAUUACUGAGUACGCCUCUGGAAUCUGCAUUGUCAGUCCCCUUAAUAUUACGCAAUCCACAUCUCGAAGCUAAACAACUGAAUGGUCAAUUUACCUCCAUGGAUAUUUUGCCAACUAUCAUGGAUGUACUAUUAUCGUCAAUCAAAUCUGAUGAACACCCCACCAAUCAACUAUUGUCUGUGCCAAGUCAUCAAUUACAAUCAAUAUUAUCUCGAUACGAAGGAACAUCAGUUCUACGCAUGCCAAUUGCACAACAACCCGCUCGGCACACAUUCCAGUUGUCUAAUCCCGGUAAUUCGUAUAUUGUUGUAAAACAAUAUCCAAGAAAACUCACCUAUGAUGUUGCAAAUGAUCAAGUACAUUUGUAUCAUCUAGGAUAUGAUCCUUUGGAAUUAGUUGAUUUAAUCGCGUUCGAUCAUGCAAUUACAGCUUCACAUCCACCAUGGGUUGGUAUAAUCUGUGAUAAAAGUAGAAUCAGAAAAUGGAAAGGGCUUUGGCAAAAUGAAAAGGUGAAUACAGCUACUCAGCAUAAUCUUCUAUUUGAAAAUAAAACUUUGUUAUCAAUAGAAAAGUCUGAUGCAAUUAAUAAUAGCAGUGUACACUUGAGGGAUAUGUUAGAUUGGGCAGAUCAAGCUUUUGAAGUGGCUCGCCUUUGGAAAAAUCUUGUGAAACAACGUUACCGCUACGAUAGCGACGCAGUCUCUGUUUAG